GAAGUCGGCGAAGUCGGCGUCUCGCAAGGUGUAAACAUGGGCAAUGAAAAAUGAGGCCCCACGGUGGAAAAUGGAAAGGGUAAAGUCAGGAACUAGCUAACGUGCAAAAGGUAAAAAUGGAAAGUUCCAUUCCAAUAACUCCUUAGAGCCGCGUCCCCCACUGUACAACCCAAACUGUGAAUAAAGGUUUUUUCCGUCUCUGACGACUUUGGUCGCCGCCAUUCCAAUGCCGAUUGCUGCUGCUCGUCUCUUUUAGUCUUUGUUCGACCCUUUCGAAUUCAACGGACAACCCACAGAAGUCUUCGCUCCCGUCCAUGAUUAUGAAUGAACUGUCUUCACUUUGACUUCCGGACCACCUCUCUCUCUCUACCCACCCACUCCUCUUCCAAUUCUAAAUCAAAGUUCCUUUCUCGACGUUUCAGAUAAUACAGUUCAUAACUUUACACAUAACCCACCCGAUUUCUGACCAUAGCAUCAGCAGACGAAGAACCCCGUCCACUCUGCUCAGGAUCAGAGAAAAACAGAGGAUAUAUAUACUUUUCUUCUUCUGCGGCGGCGGCGGCGGCGGAGGAGUUGAUCUGCUUUCACGCCAAGUGGAUUGUUAAGAGGUACGAACUUUGAUCAUUCUCUUUUGCUGUGAUGUUGAGUGUUUGGGAAACUGAUCCAAACCCAGACAUGAAUUCUUUUGUUUUUUUCUUCGGCUUAUUGCUCUCGAUAAAGGAAAUUAAGCCCCGUGGAAGGAGCCCAAGUUGUCUUUAAGUUUUAACCGCUCUUCCUUAGCGUUUGAUAAGAGGCCGCUCUGCACUUGACCCACAACUCAAAUCAUCAGUUUGCUUCACCCCUCCAAAUCCUUUUCAAUUGAGAAGCAGUGGCUUUCAAUCUCACCCAAAACAAACAAAAAACGAUCUUGCUCAUCCUUUUGAAGAUUUUCUUUUUACCAUCUUUGCAACGGAUCCUUAGUUUAACCCUUAUGCUGAAUUCAGGUUGGGGCUAGCCAAAUAAGUGUAAAACAAGGUGAAAUGGCCUUUUCCUGUGGUGUGAAACCUCUGAUUGAGAACUUGAUAACAAUGGCAGCUGAGCUGGGGUGCGUUUGUCACAUGGUUCUUCUCCAAGCGCCAGCUAAAACCCAACACAAACAAAAACCCACCGCAAACAAACAAAAAUGAUUUAUUUUCCUUCUUGACUUUUCGUGGCUACCGAAUACCCAAACAAGUCAUUUGUGCCUACCCGCAGUAAUGACGGUGCUAAAACUUUCAAUUUCCAACUACCUCCAUUGACAAGGACUUCCCAGCUUCUCCAUUGAAUCCCAACAUUGAUCUUGCAACUUCUGAGACUCCAUUACCCACUUGCACUUGUACCAGAUAUUCUCAACAAGACUAAUAAGUAAUGAUGAGCAGCAGUGAAUCAGUAAACAAGUUCCCCAAUCCGCUCAUCUUCCUCGCUCUGCUGGCAAUCCUGGCAGCAUCCCAACCACAAACUGCAACUGGAGAUCCCAGAGCUCAAACAGUAAAUGUCACCUGCGGGAACCAAAUGGAGGCAAACCCAGCAAUCUUCGUCCCCAAUUUCGUCGCCACCAUGGAGAACAUCAGCGAGCAGAUGAGAACAUCCGGUUUCGGGGUAGCCGUAGCCGGUUCAGGACCCGACAUCAACUACGGCCUGGCCCAGUGCUACGGCGACCUCUCUCUGCUGGACUGCGUGCUCUGCUACGCCGAGGCCCGCACCAUUCUGCCCCAGUGCUACCCUUUCAACGGCGGCCGCAUCUUUCUCGACGGCUGCUUCAUGAGGGCCGAGAACUACAGCUUCUACCACGAGUACAAUGGGCCUCAGGACAGGGCCGUCUGCGGUAAUGCCACGUCGCCAAUGGGGAACAACAACUCCUCGUUGUUUCAGGAUUCGGUGAGACGGGCUCUCUCGCAGGCGGUGGCUGAUGCUCCGGCUAAUAAUGGGUUCUCCAGGGGUCAGCUGGAUAUUGUGGGGACUAAUUCGUCGGUUUUUGUGCUGGCGAAUUGCUGGAGGACAUUGAAUUCGAGCGACUGCCGGUUGUGCUUGGAGAAUGCUUCGGAUUCUAUGAUGGGUUGCUUGCCCAGGUCCGAAGCGAGGGCGCUGCAUACCGGGUGUUUUAUGAGGUAUUCUGAUAGAGAUUUUCUCAACAGUGAGGUUGCAGGAACUGGCAGUUCUGGAGCAGUUCCGGUGAUUGUGAUAGUGGUUUCAGUUGUAAGCUGUAUUCUGGUGUUGAUUGUUGGUGGAGCUAUUGGGGGUUAUAUAUGGAAGCACAGAUACAUAGAGAAGAAACGAAGGGGUUCUCAGGAUGUGCAGAAAAUGGUGAAGACCCUGAAUGACAGCAGUUUGAAUUUCAAGUACUCCACUCUUGAAAAGGCCACAGGAUGUUUUGAUGAAGCCAACAAGCUUGGACAGGGAGGGUUUGGCUCAGUUUACAAGGGAGUUUUGGCUGAUGGAAGAGAGAUAGCUGUGAAGAGGCUUUUCUUCAACAACAAGCACAGAAUAGGAGAUUUCUUCAACGAAGUCAACAUGAUAAGCAGCGUGGAACACAAGAACCUCGUCAGGUUGUUGGGUUGCAGCUGUUCAGGGCCCGAAAGCCUACUUGUCUAUGAAUACCUUCCCAACAAGAGCCUUGAUCGCUUCAUCUUUGACGUGAACAAGGCCAAGGCAAUGAACUGGGACAGGAGGUACGAGGUGAUUGUGGGAACAGCAGAAGGUCUAGUGUAUCUUCAUGAGAAUUCCAAGAUCAGGAUCAUUCACAGGGACAUUAAGGCGAGUAACAUUCUCUUGGAUUCCAGACUUCGAGCUAAGAUUGCCGAUUUUGGCUUGGCUAGAUCUUUCCAAGAGGAUAAGAGCCAUAUAAGCACAGCCAUUGCAGGAACUCUGGGUUACAUGGCUCCCGAAUAUCUGGCACACGGUCAAUUGACAGAAAAAGCAGAUGUCUACAGCUUUGGAGUGCUGCUGCUUGAGAUUGUUACAGGGAAGCAGAACAACAGAAGCAAAACUGCUGAAUAUACUGACAGCUUAGUAACUUGGAUGUGGAGGCAGUUCCAGGCAGGAAGUGUAGAAGAAAUGUACGAUCCAAACCUAAUGUUGCACAACCACCACAACAGCAACGCCAGGAAUGAUGUCUUGAGAGUUGUUCAUGUUGCACUGCUGUGCACCCAGGAGAGUCCAUCUCUCAGACCAUCCAUGUCCAAGAUUCUGCAGAUGCUAACCACUGAAGAGCAGCUGCCUUCCCCAACAAACCCACCAUUCAUUGACGAGAAGACCAUGGAAAUUGGGAAUGGUUGCGAGGACCCAUGUUUCCCCCUCAAUAUAGGCCUUUCUGAAUCAGUAGCCACUGUUGAUAACAGUUCUUUCCAUCCAAGAUGAGGUCUGUCUGGUUUCAAUUGUGGAUUGGCAAGGGAUUAUUGAGUUGUAGAUAGGUAGGUUCAAAGUGGUGCCCAUUUUUUGUUUUUUUUGGUUUUUUGUGCUCGUAUGCGAUGGAGCUAGAUCAAUUCCCUCAUUCUCAUCAUGUAACUGGCAGGUCACCAUGGAUUAUUUGCAGUCUGAACUGCUGAAGUUAAAGGAACUGGGAAACUCAGAACACAUUUUAAAAAAUGUCAAGACAACAUAUGAUAGAGUGGGUUCCUCAAACCUUGACAAAGGAAGUACUUCUGAAACUAAGUAGAGAUUCUCCCUGCAUCACGGAAUGAAUUUGUCCUACUGUU